AUGAACGCAAGGUAGGUUCCACUCAUCAAACUACUUAUUCCACAGAUAUUCCACCCCAAAAUCGUAUCCUCGAAGUGCCAGAGCGGAGACAAGAAACCGCGCCAAAGAUGAGCUGAAGCGAGUCAUAAACGCCGUGGAAAAGGUCCGCAAAUGGUAUGUCUUACUUUUUUAGCUUUUGUAUUAUGAAUUUAGGGAAAGACGAUGGGUUUUGCUCAAAGACAGCACGAUCUAUGUCUAUAAAUGGGUUCCAGGUAGGUGGUCGUAUCUAAAAUUAAAUUCCUUUUCAGUUAGUGGUCAAGCAGCCCCUAAAACGACAGUCCAGAAGACGGCUGCAGCCUUGACUGCCCUCAGUAACUCGAACGAAAACUCAAACGACGCUACAAGUAAGUUUCUUGAAUGGAUUUUCUUUGGAGUUUAGAUCCUGAUUGGUGAAUACAACAAUCGCUUUUAGAUACCAACAGUCAAUUUGGAUUGAAUGAAGAAUCGAAUACUGGGUUCUCCGAGACUGGAUUUGAGAGCGAUUCGCAGUCGAAUCAAGCCAUUUCGAACAACAGCAGCCAGCAGAGUUUGAGCCAAAUGGGAUCCACCGACUUUAGUGCUUUGGUGCGCGAAGAGAAGCAAAACAAAGGGAAGUGA